AUGUCCUCCGAACCCCCAACCAUCCUCUCAACUCCCCAAACCCCCGAAGAAGAGAAAAACAUAACCACCGCAAAAACCUACAUGUCAAUCGCCUACUCCCCCACCCACAACACCGGCGCCCCCUCCGUCUCCCACCUCUGCCACCCAGACUCCCACUUCUACUCCCCCUCCACCUUCCCCGGCUGCACCACCCCCAUGGACUACGCCGAGUCGCACGCGCACGUGAUGGCCUCCGUCAGCGAUCUGAAAAUCGUGCGGUACGACCAAGCCUGGGCGAAAGACGGACAUGUAUUGCUACGGUAUACGGCGGAAGGAUCGCAUUGCGGAGCUCCUUAUAAAGGGAUUGAGAGGAGUGAGCCGCCGAGGAGGGCGCGGUGGAGUGCGGCGGCGAUUUUUGAGAUUGAGGGGGGUAGGGUUAGGAGUUUCGUUAAGGAUUGGGAUCAGAAGGUUAUGCAGAUACAGUUAGGCUGGGCGCCUGUGAAGGAGAGUCAGGAUCCGAGGUGGAAUAGGGAGAUUUUGGCGGAUCCGGAGAGGGCUAGGAAGGCGAAGUGA